AUGCCACCACGAAGAAAGGGACGAACUCUCUCGGUAGUUGGUUCGAGUCGUGGUGAUGAAGCUGAUCAGAGUAAUUCAUCCUCAUCAUCCACAUCGACUGAAUUGCAAGCUUAUCUAUCACCAACUAAAUCAACUUUGGAUGAGGAGGAAAAUUCUUCUACAAAUUCACCAAAUCAUAUUAGUAAUAAUAAUAAUAAUAAUAGCCAUAAUAACUCUCCCUUGACAGCUAUAACAACACGAAAUACCAAUAAUAAUAAUAAUUUAUUUGUGAAUAAUAAUUUAAAUAAUCAACAACAACAACAACAAUAUCAGAGGAGUUUUAUGAGUUCGAGUCCAAGUGCGAAUAGUCUUCUUUUUGGAGCCAAUCAUCAUGUUAUUCGUCCUACUAAUUUUACAAUCCACCAACAACAACAACAACAAACAACAACAAACAAUGAUAGGACAGAUUCAGAUCAUUCCGAAUCAUUUUUGAGUAGGAGAACAUUUUCAGUAGAUUCAUUUUCGGAUAAAGGUGAUAAUGAUGCUUAUUUAUCACCAUGCUCGGAUGAGGACGAUUCAAAUCCAAGUGGUUGGAAAUCACCACUCUCUGCUCCAGUUAGGGUUGUGGAUAUUGCAUCUCUCAUUCCAGAAGAAAUUGAGUAUCCAGAAGAUGAUGACGUGGAUGUUGACCCUGAAUUGUUGGUCAUUCGUUCCAAGUUGAAUACUUCCGAUAUUCAUGACUCAGAUGCAAUUGAUCUCGUCAUUGAGAAUUCAAAGAAAAAGAUUCCUACUAAAAGUCCAAGAUCCAAAAUAGUUGAUGAAACACCAUUCUUCCAAGCUCAUAUUCACUACGACGAUGAUGAUAAGCAGACGAAUAAUAUUGAAAAGGUUACCACAACUUGUUGUGGUUGUUUUCUUGAAAAAAUCCCAAAAGGAAUUAGAACUAGAGUUGGAUAUUGUGGAAAGAAAGUUUGUGCACCUAGAUUUAGUGUCAGUAUUGGACUAUUUAUUGCCUUUAAUACAGUAGCAUUUAUUUUGGCUGUCUUUGGUAUUGCUGUACUAGGAUUGAGUUAUGGAGAUUAUCCUAAAAUGCAAAGGGAUCCAAAUGCUAUUGCUUACCUACAUAGGGGAUGUUGUGAAGUUUUUCUACAGGAAAAACACAGUACAGUCGAUAAUGGAUAUCCCUACGAUGUCUAUUUAAGAGUACCCAUUCUAGGAUUUUCAUCAAUGACUGAGGAACAGCUUGAAAAAAGAGGAUAUGAUAUUAAAUCUUUGGUCUUGCAUGUAUUGCCUUCAGAAAGAGAAAGAAGAACUCCUCAGCAAAACGUACAGGUUGUUGCAGUUCAAUUCGAUUAUUCUUGUGUUGUAAAUAAACCAAAAAAAGGACAAGUGAGAACAACAACAAUCACUAGUACAGGUGCAUUUGUGAACAAAUGUCCAAGAGAAGAGCCGAGACCGAUCCACAAGUACUGGCAAAGGAGAGGAAGUUGCCAUCCAGCACAGCACACUUUAUCACCAGAUGUUAUUCAUCAAAUUUCAUUAUUUGUGAAUUUCUUUGAUGGAAACAAGUUAAAACAUGUCGAUACAGAGAAUGAAGAAGAGGUUGAAGAUGAUAAUGAAAAUAAUAGCACACCAACAUUUGAUGAGCAAUUUAAUUUGUUGAACAUGAUGCUAAUUGAUUCACAAUGGAAUCAAGUGUUGAAUUCCGAUGAAUAUUACAAGGAUAUAAUUUCAACGUUCUUAUCCCAAGAUGUAGCACCACACUAUUUCAAAGUACCAGGUUAUGGAAGAAAGAAAUUGGAUGAUUAUGAAGUUUUAAUAAUGAAGGGAAUUUAUCAAUCAUGGAAAGAAUUAUUUGUUAAUUUGUAA